AAGAAACAGCCAAUCGGGACGUGGCGCUCUGGACACGCGCGUAACGGACACCCUUAAACUCAUCCUUCUCUUCUGCCAUUGGCUGUUCUCUUUAAGAAAGGAUGGCACAGAAGUCCUGAGAGAUCGCUGCCUUUUCCUGUGUGCUAUUACACUUGUUCAGUCCACGCAGAAGUUUGAACUUCCCUCGCUACACGACUUGCAUGACACUGACAUAUCUCGGGGAUUUGGUUCAGUCGAUUUAAGGCUUCAGCGUGCGUCGGUGCGGUACCUGGGUACCUGUCCGUGGUGCUGAAAGCAUCAUGCUGUUUCGGUUCGGGCUCGCGCAGUUCGGUUUGUGGAACUGCGCCUGACUUUAUUCAUAACCAGCACCUUUAUUCACUACCGGAUCUGAACAGCUUAGGAAAAAGUCGUUAGCCUUGUAUUAUUUGGAUUUUGGAAACUAAUUUUUAUAUGAAAAAUUUCCCAAGACGAGGAUAAAUCCAUCCACUUUAUUUUUCUUGAUUAAAAGUCGAUCCAGACGCAGGACAAUUUCUCGUCACCUGAUGCACAAAUGCUCGAGUGAAAGAUCUGCACUGUUCCUCGCUGUGUUUACUAUACAAUGGAAGUGCCAACAAACGGCUCAAGUUUUGGGAUCGACUCUUUGCUCUCGCACAGACCUACGAGUCCUCGCGUCUCCACAGCAGGCGCUUUAACGGGAGAUUGUCGCUCUCCGGCCUCCAGCCCGCGUUCGGAGAUGGACAGUGACUGCUCGUCUCCGCCGUCCCCGAGGCGAGAAUCUGAGCCCGGGUCUCCGUUAGUAAUGUCUCAACCAAGGACAGUGACCUCCUCGUUUUUAAUCCGGGACAUUCUGGCGGACUGCAGGCCGCUCGCCGCGUGCGCACCGUACAGCAACAGCGGAGACUCAGUGCGCGAGACCGAGGACUACACUGACAGACUGCACAGCAACUCAUCAUCGGAUUGUGAAUAUCGGGCCAAAGAUGAACCAGAAAGGGAAAUCUCCAGCAGCAGAGAGAGUCCGUCCUCACGGCUGAAGAAACCCCGCAAAGCACGCACAGCAUUCACCGACCACCAACUCGCGCAGCUCGAGCGCAGCUUUGAGCGCCAGAAAUACCUGAGUGUUCAGGACCGGAUGGAGCUCGCGGCCUCUCUCAACCUCACCGACACGCAGGUCAAGACCUGGUACCAGAACCGCAGGACAAAGUGGAAGCGACAGACGGCAGUUGGUUUGGAGCUCCUUGCCGAAGCAGGAAACUACUCUGCUCUUCAGAGAAUGUUCCCGUCGCCGUAUUUUUAUCCACAGAGCAUAGUGUCCAGUUUGGACCCGGGAGCAGGACUGUAUUUUUACAGAGGACCCACUGCGGCACCUCCAGCGCUACAGAGGCCGCUCGUACCUAGAGUUCUGCUGCAGGGUGGAGCUGAGCCCCAGCUGUCCCCGCAUCUGUCCACGCACAUGUCCCCACUCACUGCUGCGUUACCGAGACCCACACCACAGCGGUGAACGGUUCAGGAUCCUCAGAAAGGACAAAGUGAGAAGCGUUUUACAGCUGAGCAACAGCAGGACGCAUAACAGUGGACGUGCACAAGAACGUUCUUUGCGUUUCCGAGAUUAAUCCACUGGACAAACCGCAUUGUUUGCGAACUUUGUAUAAAGUUCUGUCAUUGGUGAAAUCAAGCCUUUUGAUUGGCUGCUGAUCCCGCGCGCGGUUUUAUCCUGAACAGAAACCAGGCUGUAAAGGCAGAACUGAUGGUCCGACAAACCAAAUAUUUCAGAUUUCAGCUGUCUGAUUACCAGAAACUGUCUGCCAAAUAAUUCAAAUAAGAUCAAGAAAAACAAGCUAUAGUAAUAGAAAUGUGUAAAUAAUAAUAAUAAUAAUAAUAAUAAUAAUAAUAAUAAUAAUAAUAACAAUAAUAAUAAUGACAAUAUAUUAACAAACAUUACUUAAUUUUUACUGUUUAUCCCUCCCACUAACGCAUUUGCGAUAUUCUGCCACAUACAUUUAUUAUUAUUAUUAUUAUUAUUAUAAUUAUUAUUAUCUCUUUUAAAUUAUUUUCUUCGGGGUCUACCUGAUAUAAAGAUGCCUCUGACGGCAUAAUAAUUUGAAAAUUGUUUGUCACUGUGUCGUGGAUAUCAGUAGUUUAUAAACGGUUUUGUUGACGCCAAAAGUUUUUUUUUCCUAACAAAAAUUAUAAAUAAAAUAUGUUACACGAUACUCGGGAUACUUCGUGUUGUUUGUGAAUAUGUUGUUUACACACGUGUGUGUGUGUGUGUGUGCGUGUGCAGGUUAUGGUACUAAUGUCAGAAUUAUUUUUUUCUUUAUUUUUUAUUAUUGCUCAUUUUAAUGAUCGUAUUUUCAACAACAAAAAAAUUCGAUUUUUUAAAUUACUUUAUUAAACGGUAUUUUGUAAACCAAGCAAAAUGCUCGCUUACGUGAAAAUAUCUACGUAUGAAUCUCUAUUAUAGAGUCGCCUAAUUUAAUCCAAUGCUCUUAUUCGAAACGUAAAUAUUAAAAGGAAACCGAGACAUUUGAUUGAUUGAGCAACACAAUGUAAAUGUAUAUGCGGUUAACAUUCAGUGUCAUGGUUUAUCACCGACUUCCGCACAAGCUACUAAAUAAUAUGAACAAAUGACACAACAGGUUUUAUAGUAUUAAGGUGACAGUAAUUAGUAAAGACAUCCAAGCGGCUUGUGAUGCUUCAACUAUUUUUUUUUUCUUGUCGCAUCAGAGCCGCUGCUAAACAGCUGGUAAGCGGCACCGCGCUAUACU